UUUUUAUAAAGUUAUUACUUAAUCACGAUUUCCUAUUUUCUUUUUUUUAAUAAUAUAUAUUUUUUUUUAUAAUUAAAAUAUAAUAACUAAACCAUUUGAUUAACAGAUACUUUGCCCUUUUUUCUCUUUUUUGUAAUAUUAAUUAGCCAAGUAAAUACAGUUGUGUUAAAAUCUUUGGAAUUUGUUAAUUAUGGAGAAAGAAGGUAGCAAACAGGAUACAAAUCCUAGAAUACCAUCUGCCGUUUUUGUAGAUGAUGUUGAUAAGUUUAUGAAAAAAACAGAAAACAGUAAUGUAGAAGAAGUUCUUAAACGGUUAGAUGAACAACACAGCAAAUAUAAAUUCUUUGAAUAUAAUUUGAUUACAAAGCGAAAGAGAUUGCAGUCUCAGCUACCAGACUUGGAACAUACAUUAGAAAUGAUUAAUACAAUGAAAUCACAUAAAGACCAACAAUUGAAAACAGAUUUUUUAUUGUCAGAUGAUGUCUAUACAAAAGCUCAUGUAGAUGCUACUGACAAUGUAUACCUUUGGCUUGGUGCUAAUGUCAUGUUAGAAUACAAUUUGGAUGAUGCAACUGAGCUAAUAUCGAAAAAUAUUCAAUUAGCCAAUGAUAAUAUGAAACAAGUUGAUGAUGAUCUUGACUUUCUUAGGGAUCAGUUCACAACAACUGAAGUCAAUAUGGCCAGAGUAUACAACUGGGAUGUAAAAAGAAGACAAGCAGCCAAAGCUAAUAAAUAAUAAUUUUUCUAUAAAAAAAAAUGUUUGCUUAAUUUAACCCAACUUUUAUGCAUUACUUAUUAUCUGUUAAUAAUAGUAUUUAAUAUCAUAAAAUAUUUAUGUUAAUUGA